GGUUGGGCUCCCGCUCCAUAGCGGUCCCCCCUCCCCAGGCCAGCAGGCGGCCAGGCGGAGGAAAAGCCCGGAGCUCAGAGAGCGCAGAGCCCGGCCACUGGGCAGCCGCCUGACCCCGGAAGCGCAGCGCGAGCUCCCACUUCGUCUUCAUGGAUUCCCAGCCCAGCUGCGUGGUGGUGACUGGUUUUGGGCCCUUCCGGCAGCACUUGGUGAAUUCCAGCUGGGAAGCAGUGAAGGAGCUCUCCAACCUGGGCCUGGGGAAUGACACAGUGGUGCAGCUGCGGACUCUGGAGCUGCCUGUAGAUUACAGAGAGGCUAAGCGGAGGGUCACCAGAAUCUGGGAAGAUCAUCAGCCACAACUCGUCGUGCAUGUGGGCAUGGACACCUCCGCCAAGGCGAUCAUUCUGGAACAGUCUGGCAAGAACCAAGGCUACCGGGAGGCCGACAUCCGGGGCUUCCGGCCGGAGGGCGGCGUGUGCCUACCUGGCGGCCCAGACAUGCUGGAGUCAGGGGUCUGUAUGAAGGCAGUCUGCAAGCACGUAGCUGUGGAGGAUGUCGAGGUGAUAUUUUCUCGAGAUGCAGGCAGAUACGUCUGUGAUUAUACCUAUUACCUCUCUCUGCAUCAUGGAAAGGGCUGCGCGGCACUCAUUCAUGUCCCUCCACUAUCGCGUGGGCUCCAGGCCAGCCUGCUGGGAAGAGCCUUGCAAGUCAUCAUCCAGGAAAUGCUGGAAGAGGUGGGAAAGCCCGAGUGCAAAGCCCGGUUCGAAGAAAACUCAACCAUGGUGCUACCAGCCAAAGGGAACUGACCGGGGCGUUGCUCCUUUAGAGAAAGAAGAUUAAACGUUUCAAUCCUGUGUGUAGCAUUCAGCUGUGCAUUGAGAAAGUUUUUCAAAAAUUGCUUGUAAGACAAAGAGGGGGAAAAACUUUAUGUGAUUUUGUUAGCCCAACAAAAUCACAAAGGGCUAUUUUAAUGUCGGGAGAAAGAACACUCUGAAAGGUGGACAUUUCACGGGAUGAACUAGCUUCAGUUAUGGUUUUCAUGACAAUAAAAUGAAA